AGCUUUCCGGCCCGUUCACCGCUCCGUUCUCGGUAAAAUGGCAGAGGUCGGUCAGAGGCUGGGGAGCGGAGCUUACCGGCUCUCCACCCUCAGAAACAGCCAUAGCCGACCGGUGUGCACCGGAGAGAGUCCCGGGGCCCUGUUGGGGAACUGUACCUUCACUGACAGCCGGUUAAAAGAGGAGUCAACACGUCACCAACGUGAAGUUCAGCCGCUUUUAAGAAGCACAGCAACACAGCGCAGACCAGAGAAACUUUACAGAGUGAGAUCAAGUGAAAGUCAACAGGAAAAUGGGACUUUGCGCUGUGCCACGUCUCUGGAUCUGGAUUCAUCCCGUUUUUUCAGUGAGAGCCUGCAACAUACAGCGGCCCUGUAUCUCUCGGCGAGACUGCAGCCUCUCCUCCAGGAGAAGCUGCUGCAUGGUAGGAUGACACCCUGGACCAGAGAAGCUGUUUCCAUCCACCCUGACACCUUCAGGUCCCCUAAGCAGCUGCGAGCCUUCUGCACUGUCAUCUUCAUUCUGGCAGAGCAGCGAUCAGAGAGGCACAGGCGUCUGAAGCAACAUCCUGACACCCUGCGAGCAUCUACAGCGAGCAGAAGCUACAGCUGGAGGAGUGACAGCAGCUCAAAAGAUGCUCCUCUGCUAUACAGAAGCAGGACGUCCUAUUACGACCUCCUCAGAGUGUCCCCCGCUGCCACACAGGCCCAAAUCAAGACGGCGUACUACAAACAGUCCUUCAUCUACCACCCUGACAAGAACCCAGGGAACAAGGAGGCCACCCAGCGCUUCUCUGAGAUCAGCGAGGCCUACACAGUGCUGGGCAACAUCAGCCUGAGGAGGAAGUAUGACCGUGGUAUUCUGAGCGGGGCAGACGUUCAAAGUGCAGGGAGACCAUCCUCCAAAGAGACCAAAAGCAGACACACAGGCUCCCCACAGCAGCACCAGCAGCAGCAUCACAGAGCCAGGCAGUUCUCCCAAACUGGAGGGAGGACAAUGUUUGAUUUCGAUGCCUUUUAUCAGGCUCACUACGGGGAGCAGCUGCAGAGGGAGAGGGACAUGAAAGCCAGGAAGGAGCGCAUGGAGGAGCAGAAGAAGGAGAACUACAACAUAUGGAGGAAGGGGAAAAUGUUGGAGAUGGCUGCAGUGAUGCUGCUGACCAUGGCAGGCUUACUCUUGGUCAGUGUCAACAAGUCCUGAAAUAGAAGCAGCGACCUGACGAGCCCCCAUGGGGUUACAUGUCAUGAUUCUCAGGGGGGGUGGAGGGGGACGGGGGUGCUACCUCAGACUGUUUUGCAAGUGUUGCACAGUUUCAGACAGUUGAAGAUGAUUGUUUUUGGUGUGUUGCAGAAGUAAACAAAGCCUGUCUCAUUUGUUAGAAGCAUUAGAUAGGUUUGUUAUUCAUGUACUGUGUCCCUUUAGAAGCCGACUGUAUCAGAGAGGAACUUGAACAUAUUAAUUUUCUUUAUUUAUUCAUGUCUGGGAUCUAAAAUGCAUAAGCAAACAUUACACACAUUCGGGCUGGGUAUUGGUACUCAGUACCUUUAAGGUAGGAAUGCUCAGUUUGGUUUGUCCAGGGGCCACUUUUGACACAGCAGCUCCACGAGUCAGGUGUACACGGCGUUUCUAGGAACUGAACAUAUUCAGGGCUUAGACCGCACCUCUGUAGGGGGUUCCAGGGAUCCUCUUCUGGCACAUUUUUUGAUAAACAAGCUCUAUUUUGAUCUGAUCUGAUCUAAUCUGGCACUGACUAUCGGUAUCUUCAUCACUUUAAGGGGACUUGUACUGGUAUUGUUUUUAAACAAUACCCAGCCCUAACACACACACUUGGCUAGAGAGGGAUGCUGGAUGAUGAGAACACCGUAACGUCAAGUAGAAACUGGAAAUAUUCAAACCACACAGCAGGAUGUGGGAUUAUUUAUUCCUGCAACAAUUCAAGCAUGAAGCUCUGUAAAGCACCCAUUGUAGGGGUAAUAUAUAUAUAUAUAUAUAUAUAUAUAUAUAUAUAUGGUAAAGGUAAAGUUCCACUGAUUGUCACACACCUGAGUGUGUGAAAUUUGUUCUCCGCAUUUGACCCAUCCCCUGAGGGAGUGGUGAGCAGCAGCGGUGCUGUGCUCGGGAAUCAUGUGGUGAUCUAACCUCCCAAUUCCAACCCCUGAUACUGAGUGCCACAGGGAGGCAAUGGGUCCCAUUUUUACAGUCUUUGGUAUGACCCGGCCGGGGAUCGAACCCACGACCUCCCAGUCUCAGGGCGGACACUCCACCACUAGGCCACUGAGCUGUUUAAUUGCUGUCUAAUGUUUCAUUUAUGGGCGACACGGUGGUUUGGUGGUUAGCGUUGUCGCCUCACAGCAAGAGGCGUCCUGGUUCGAUCCCAGGUGUGGGAGCCCUUCUGUGCGGAGUUUGCAUGUCCUCCUUGUGUCAGUGUGGGUUUUCUCUGGGUACUCCAGCUUCCUCCCACAGUCCAAAGACAUGCAGGUUAAGUGGUGACUCUAAAUUGUCUGCAGGUGUGAAUGUGAGCGUGAAUGGUUGUCUGUCUCUAUGUGUCAGCCCUGCGAUAGUCUGGCGACCUGUCCAGGGUGUACCCUGCCUCUCGCCCAGUGUCAGCUGGGAUAGGCUGUCGUUGUUGUAUAGCAUGUCUCAGGUUAAACCCUUUGUAAAAAAUAUUUGUUCAUAAAUACAUACAGAGAAUGAAUGCCUUAGAACUUUUUUUAAUUAUCUAGUUUGACAUCUUAAUGCUAAUUGCUAAUGUGACACUUUUUACCAGAAAUCAAUUCUCUCUCUAAAACAGUAGUUUUAGCACAGCGCAACUUGCUGUGUAGGCUGCUGUUUUAGAGCUGGGAAGAACUGAUUUCCCUGGAAACUGACAUUUUAUUUGGGUGUGAAACUACUUCAAUAUGUAUUGAUAAGUAACAUGGUAUCAGAUCGGUGCAUAGACUCAUGAUCGAUACCUGAUCCAUCACUGUAGGCAGUAUCGGAGGCAUUCCAGAUACUGGUGUCGAUAUCAGAACAACUCUACCAGUGUUCAAGUAGUUGUGGUGUUUUCUGUGUGAACAAAGUUUAUUCACUCUCUGUUAGUAGUGACAAGUCUAAAGCCAAACAACCUUUUUUGGCAGCUCUAAUUCAGUUCUGUUCAUCCAAAUUCUGCACAAGGUUGGAAAAAUCAUAUGUAUCAUUCUGAACAACGCACAAUUCCCUUGCCUUUCCCUGAACACUGCAUCUGUAAUGUAGAAAAUGACUCUGAAGUGUGUAAUUGUUAAGAUUAUUAGGAAAUCAUUACACUGUUAUGCCCCUUUCUGGGGGGGUGUAUGUACAUACGAGAUGCCACAUGUUAAAUUAUUUUGUGUAAGAAAAACUGUAUUAAGCAGCUGUAAUAAAAUAGUUUAAUGUACCUGUGUCUUUUUAUAGUAAAUACAUUAUUGCAAGUACAUAGCGUUUCUUUUGCUUUUUUUCUGCAGCGUUAUCAGCUCUGACCUCUAGAGGGCAACUGAGCACAUCGAAAAUGAUCUCUGAGUUAGAGCCGAAGGCCUGAGGGGCUCAGCGAGUGUGGGAUGAUAUUAAUGCAUGUUAUGGAGGUCUCAGCCUGCUGAGAGCUGCUGCUGCUGACAGACUGUCUGUUUAUUUCCCUGAAGAUGAUACACAUUAAAAACAUCA